CCGAGUCGCAUAAUCCCAUAUUCCCAUGUAAGGAAAAAAGAGCGCGAGCGAGUGUGCAAUUGUGACCCGUACACAAAAAAACAAGUCACAUCUACACGACUACACAUUAUACUUCUCUGAUUCUCUCAAAAAUAACAUUCAAAAUUUUGUUUUCCUAAAAUUGGAACAAUUCACUUCUCUUUCCUUACUACUGAACACACUGAUUAAACCCACACACUCAAACUUUCAAAAUUCUUUGAAGCUUCUGAAUUGCAAUGGAUGACCACCAACUUAGUCAAGAAUCUGAAACCGGCCCUUCUUUUUAUCCUGUAUAUAAUGAUGUCAAUUGGCCUUCUCUGCGACAUUCAACCAAUUCACAGCCUAAAAGCCAAACUGGUGAACAUCCUGGGUCAUAUCUGCAGCCUCUAAAUAAUCUGCAGUUAAAUAGCCAAUCUAGUGAACAUCUUGGGUCUGAUCUGCAACCUCAAAGAAAUCUGCAGGCUACUUACUAGCCAAACUGAUGAACAUCUUGCCUUUCAUCAGCAACCUCAAAGUAAUAUGCAGUUUAAUAGCCAAACUCGUGAACAUCUUGGGUCUAGCCUGCAAUCUCGAAGAAAUCUGCAGUCUUAUAGCCAAACUGAUGAAUAUCUUGGCUCUCAUCUGCAACAUCCAAGUAAUCUGCAGUUUAAUAGCCGAACUGGUGAACUUUGGCCUAAUAUGCAACCUCGAAGAAAUCUGCAGCCUAAUAACCAAUCUGGUGGAAAUCUUAGAUCUGUAUUUGAGUUGUGUUCUCAUGACAUUCAACCAAAUCAACCAGAAACAUGUACACAUCAACUACACAGGCUUCAGCAAUCUGAUCAUAUGGUUUCCAGUAUUGGCAGUCAGCUGGGAUCUGCAAAUCCUCAUUCAGGCAGAGAUACAUGACCAGUUAGGGAGUCUUAAUCAACCUAAUAACCGCCUGCAAUCUGAAUUAUUGAUUUCUUGCAUAACUUGCAUUAGACUGCUGGCGGCAGAAUUUAGUGAACUGAAGCAACCACAGAGACAAAUAGAUGACUGUGAAAGUCACGUUAGAAGGCUGGAUGCAGAAUUAAAUAAGCUGAAGAAGCAAUCACAGGGACACUUGGAUUACUACGCAAGUCACAUUUCAAGGCUGCAGGAAGAAUUAAGUAAUCUGAAGCAAUCACAGGAACAAAUGGCAAAUGACAUACACCAUAUUUCUGCAGGGAAGGCAUCAGAAAAGAAUAUAUCAGGAAAGUCUACUCCUUCAGAUGAUACUUUGCCUUCUACUGGUAUAGUUAAUUUUCAUCUGGGAGGCGGAAGUGCUUCUUCUAACAAUUUCCUCGCAAGAGCUUUGCAAGAUGGUGUAAAAAUAGGUGAUUCUUACAAGCUGGAUGAACGGAAUCCGCUGGUUCAAAGUGGGAGUGGUCUUUGUUCAAGCUCAGGAGUCAAGAUCAAAUCUGGUGAACAGUCCAAGGGACCAGUUAAUAUGGCUGCAAGGGAAGGUUAUCUGCUACUAAUAUACACAGAGAUGAGUUUAUUACAGAAUUAAGCAUAAUACAAGGUGAGAAGAAGAAUGAUGGCAACACUCGGGGAUCUCCCAGUAAGUGAUCAAAUUUCAGAUGAUGAUGAUCUUGAGGCGUUCUCGGCUGAUCAUAUUCACUUCUUAGAACCUUAUUCUCUUUUGACUGUGCAGCCUUUUUCUAUUUUUUAGCUGAAUUUUUUACUGUCUCUAGCAGAAUUCAUAGUGUUCUGAUACUACCAUUUGCAAUAGGCCAGGGCUUAAGUGUAUAGGAGAGUAUAAGAGGUACAGCAGGAAUUUUCUAGCAUGCACUUGAAUUUACUAUAUUCAUUAAGUAGGUGUUAUCUGAAUUGUUUUGUACAGAAUACAGUGCCUUUUUGUAUGUACUACAGGCAAACGGAAACA